GAAAAAAAAACAUAAAACACAAUCAAAAUCCAAACAAUUCAUCAUAGAGCAAUAAGAAGCUAAUUAAUUAAUUAGACAUGAAGAUCUUGGCAUCGAUACUCGUCGUCUUCGUCAUACUUUCGACAGCAUUUCCAGCUCCCAUCAAAGCAGCAGCCGCCGAUGUAGGAGUGGUAUGUGACGCAAAGCAGCUUCAGCCUUGCCUUGCCGCAAUUACAGGAGGAGGACAACCUUCAGGUGAUUGUUGUGCAAAGCUGAAAGAGCAACAGCCAUGCUUGUGUGGUUUUGCUAAGAACCCUGCGUUUGCUCAAUACAUUAACUCUGCGAACUCUCAGAAAGUCCUCGCUGCUUGUGGUGUUCCUCUUCCAAGUUGUUAAAUCUCUUGAGAAUUUAUAGAUAAAUAAAAGAGUAAACAAAUAAUACUUUACUAAACGUUUUAAAGAAAUAAUAAAAACCUCUAAUCUGUGUUAAUUGUAAUGGGUUAUACGGUUCAAUAAAUUUUAUUUUCUAGUUAAA